AUGGCUAACAAAUACAAAAUAUCAUCACGACGGGUAUAUCAAAUAUGGAGAGGAGUCCACCCAGAAAUAGAUCCUAAAAACAUAAAUCCAUUUUCGGAAGAACCUGGUUCGCCUCAGCAAGCAGACAUUGUGGAAUGCAAUGUUAUUUCUGGAAGUAAG